AUGAGGCAGGCAAUACACAACACGAAGGACAGUUGGCAGAGGAAGGAUGAAGCUAAUAGGAGAUACAGGGAAGAGAGUGUAAGAGUUCGUGGAAACAGAGUGCUGGUGCUUCCACCAGGCAAGUUGAGUGCAAGGAAUCAGAAAACUUGGAUAGAGAAAACUUUUUUCAAGCAGGAAUGUAUCUGUGUAGUUCCCAGCACUAAAGAUCCAAACAGAUGUUGCUGUGGUCAGCUCACCAAUCAGCAUAUCCCUCCUCUGCCAAGUUUAACACCCAACAAAAAUGAAGAGGACAACAAACAGGUGGAGACUCUGCCUGAAAAAUGGUCUGUCAGCAAACACACCCAGAGCUUCCCAACUGAUUCCUAUGGGACUCUCGAAUUCCAGGGCAGCGGGUACUCUAAUAAAGCCAUGUAUAUCCGUGUAUCCUAUGACACCAAACCAGAUUCACUGCUUCAUCUCAUGGUGAAAGACUGGCAGCUGGAACUCCCCAAGCUCUUAAUAUCCGUGCAUGGAGGCCUCCAGAACUUUGAAAUGCAGCCCAAACUGAAGCAGGUCUUUGGGAAAGGGCUGGUCAAGGCAGCCGAGACCACUGGGGCCUGGAUUUUCACCGGGGGAGUCAGCACUGGUAUCAUCAGACAUGUAGGGGAUGCCUUGAAAGACCACUCCUCCAAGUCCAGGGGCCGAGUCUGUUCUAUCGGGAUUGCUCCAUGGGGCAUCGUGGAGAAUAAGGAAGACUUGAUCGGAAAGGAUGUCACCAGAGUAUACCAGACCAUGUCUAACCCUCUGAGUAAGCUCUCCGUGCUCAACAACUCACACACUCAUUUCAUCCUGGCUGACAAUGGCACCCUGGGCCAAUACGGUGCAGAGGUGAAGCUGCGUAGGCAGUUGGAAAAGCACAUCUCCCUGCAGAAGAUCAACACAAGACUGGGGCAAGGUGUACCCGUCGUGGGCCUCGUGGUUGAAGGGGGUCCUAAUGUGGUUUCUAUUGUCCUGGAAUAUCUCCAAGAAGACCCUCCGGUCCCUGUGGUGGUUUGUGACGGCAGCGGACGCGCCUCGGACAUUCUGUCUUUUGCACACAAGUACUUUGAAGAAGGAGGGAUAAUAAAUGAACCCCUCAUGGAUCAGCUUCUAGUUACCAUUCAGAAAACAUUUAAUUACAGCAAGAUUCAGUCUCAUCAGCUGUUUGCAAUUAUAAUGGAGUGCAUGAAAAAAAAAGAGCUUAUCACCGUGUUUAGGAUGGGCUCUGAAGGCCAGCAAGAUGUUGAGAUGGCAAUUUUGACAGCCCUGCUGAAAGGAACCAAUGCAUCCGCUCCGGAUCAGCUGAGUUUGGCCCUGGCUUGGAACCGCGUGGACAUAGCACGAAGCCAGAUCUUUGUCUUUGGGCCCCACUGGCCGCCCUUGGGAAGUCUGGUACCGCCAACAGAUAGCAAGGUCACAGAGAAAGAGAAGAAGCCACCUUCAGCAACCACCCACAGGGGCAGAGGAAAGGGUAAAAAGAAAGGGAAAGGGAAAGAGGAAGUGGAAGAAGAAACUGAUCCUCGGAAGAUCCAGCUAUUGAACUGGGCAAAUGCUUUGGAGCAAGCAAUGCUGGAUGCACUGGUGUUAGAUCGUGUUGAUUUUGUGAAGCUUCUGAUUGAGAACGGAGUGAACAUGCAGCAUUUCCUCACCAUCCCAAGGCUGGAAGAGCUCUAUAACACAAAACUGGGUCCACCAAACACGCUUCAUCUGCUGGUAAGAGACGUCAAAAAGGGAAACCUUCCACCUGAUUACCACAUCAGCCUCAUUGACAUAGGCCUUGUGCUCGAGUACCUCAUGGGAGGAGCCUACCGCUGCAACUACACUCGGAAGAGCUUUCGGACCCUUUACAACAAUUUGUUUGGACAAAAGAGGCCUAAAGCUCUUAAACUUCUGGGAAUGGAAGAUGAUGAGCCUCCAGCCAAAGGGAAGAAGAAGAAAAAGAAAAAAAAGGAGGAAGAGAUCAACAUUGACUUGGAGGACCCUGCUGUGAGUCGUUUCCAAUACCCCUUCCAUGAGCUGAUGGUGUGGGCCGUACUGAUGAAACGCCAGAAGAUGGCGGUCUUCCUCUGGCAGCGAGGCGAGGAGAGUAUGGCCAAGGCCCUCGUGGCCUGCAAACUCUACAAAUCCAUGGCCCAGGAGUCCUCUGAGAGUGAACUAGUAGAUGACAUCUCCCAGGACUUGGACAACAAUUCAAAUGGGAUCAGCACAGUGAUGAGCCGCACUGUUGUGAACCUCAUCAAAAGUACUACCUGGACCAUCUCUGGCACCUGGAUUCAGGUUAUAAUGGGGAUUCUUCUCCCCCCCACCAUCUUGUUUUUGGAAUUUCGUACCUACGAUGACGUCUUGUAUCAAACAUCCAAGGAAAAUGAAGAUGGCAAAGAGAAGGAAGAGGGAACCAUGGGUGCACAUGCAGACGCUGAUUCAAGGAAGGGGGAUGAGGAGAAUGAGUACAGAAAGCAAAGAAGUAUUCCCAUUGGAACAAAGAUCUGUGAAUUCUAUAAUGCGCCCAUUGUCAAGUUCUGGUUUUACACACUCUCAUACUUGGGCUACCUGCUGCUGUUUAAUUACAUUAUACUGGUGCGGAUGGACCGUUGGCCCUCAUUCCAGGAGUGCGUCGUCAUCUCCUACAUUGUGAGCCUGACCCUGGAGAAAAUCCGAGAGAUCCUCAUGUCAGAACCAGGCAAGCUCAGUCAGAAGAUAAAAGUUUGGCUUCAGGAGUACUGGAACAUCACUGACCUUGUGGCCAUCUCUGUGUUCAUGAUUGGAGCUAUCCUUCGCCUACAGAACCAGCCAUACAUGGGCUAUGGCCGAGUGAUCUACUGUGUGGACAUCAUCUUCUGGUAUAUCCGUGUCCUCGAUAUCUUUGGUGUCAACAAGUACUUGGGUCCCUACGUGAUGAUGAUUGGAAAAAUGAUGAUUGACAUGCUUUAUUUUGUGGUCAUCAUGUUGGUUGUGCUGAUGAGUUUUGGAGUAGCCCGUCAAGCCAUUCUGCAUCCAGAUGAGGAGCCUUCUUGGAGACUGGCCCGAAACAUCUUCUACAUGCCCUACUGGAUGAUCUAUGGAGAGGUGUUUGCAGAUCAGAUAGACCUCUAUGCCAUGGAAAUUAAUCCGCCUUGUGGUAAAAACCUUUAUGAUGAGGAUGGCAAGAAGCUCCCACCCUGUAUCCCAGGUGCCUGGCUCACACCAGCCAUCAUGGCGUGCUACCUGCUAGUGGCCAACAUCCUGCUGGUGAACCUGCUCAUCGCUGUCUUCAACAAUACAUUCUUUGAAGUAAAGUCAAUAUCCAAUCAAGUGUGGAAAUUCCAGAGGUAUCAGCUGAUUAUGACGUUUCAUGGCCGGCCAGUUUUACCACCACCAAUGAUCCUUUUGAGCCACGUCUACAUAAUCUAUAAGCGUCUUAGUGGUCACUGCAGGAAGAAAAAACAAGGCGACCAAGAUGAACAGGAUCAUGGAUUAAAGCUGUUUCUGAGCGAUGAGGAGCUUAAGAGGCUGCACGAGUUCGAGGCGCAGUGCUUGCAGGAACAUUUCCAGGAGAAAGAGGACGAGCAGCGGUCUUCCAACGACGAGCGCAUCCGCGUCACCUGCGACAGAGUUGAAAAUAUGUCCAUGAGACUGGAAGAAGUCAAUGAAAGAGAAAAUUGUAUGAAAUCUUCUCUACAGACUGUUGACCUACGACUUUCUCAACUAGAAGAAUUUUCCAGGAGAAUGAUGACUGCUCUUGAAAAUCUUGCAGGAAUUGACAAAUCUGACCUGAUACAGACAAGGUCUCGAGGUUCUUCUGAAUGCGAUGCAACUCAUCUUCUAAGGCAAAGCAGCAUUAACAGCACUGAUGGCUGUAGCAUGCACAGAUACCAUUCUAAUGGAGAAGAGUUAUGUGAGGCUGCUUCUCUCUCCAUGGUACCAGAGACAGGAUUAAGGAAAAAAGUCUGCUCUUUCCCUAUGAAGCAUGAGAGGGAUGCAAAAUCGCAUCUGGUGUCCGAGCCUCAGAGCAGCCUUCACCUUUUAUCUAACACAAGCCCAACAGAAACAUCAGACUAUAGUGGACUUAUCUCAGCCAACUUAAAGAACUCAUCAGAGCCAAAAUUAGGUCCAGAUAUUGGGAUUUCACUCAAAGAUGACAGAAGGCAGGCAGACUCUAAAAGAGAAGAAACUAUUUACACACAUUUAAAUCAAGCAGAUGUUAGGUAUGGACAGAACAAAUCAGAUUUUCAAAACACUCACCUAACAGUGGAAGUGACAAAGGUAGAAGGUACUGUUCCCUAUCCCUUAGAAGAAACAAAAAUUGCCCGUUAUUACCCUGAUGAAACUUUCAACACUUUUAAGACAAUGAAAUCCAGAAGCUUUGCAUAUUCUUAUGGAAGAAAGCUGGUCUGUGGGGUUAACAACUGGAGGGCAGGACACAGCUCAAUAUUAGACCAAGCAGGCCCCUCUACAGUACAACACUGGACGGCAAAAUGGAAAUGCCAAGUUCAAAAGAUAACACGUUCUCAUAGUACACCUUCCAUUGUGUCAGAAGUUGUAGGGCAAACCAAUCAGAAAAAGCAAUGUGUAGACAAUGAAGAUGAAAAUUAUGUUUCUGGAAGAGCUUCUCAGAUCUCUAGUUUAUCCCUAGCUGUUACUGAGAAAACUAAAAGGGAAAACUUACGGUCUGUAAAAUCAGACCUACCUUUUGGAUACCCAUCUAUAAAGUCAAAAAGUUUGCACGGCCAUUCUAGGAUUGCUAAAUCCAUUCAGGGUAAAUUAGACAGAUCCAGACGUGCUAGCACUACAAGUAACUUAGUAGUUGUGUCUGAAAUUACAAAACAAGGACAAAAGGUUAAGCAGGAGAAAAUGUCCACAGAAACGGGAUGCUAA